AUGGACUCGCUCCAGAGCUCCAUUGCGCUCAUUUGCGCAGAAUACGACACCGAGCGCGGAGCUCUUUUGAAGCAAGUCGAGGACCUCUCGAUGGCGUCGAUUACUGGCGAACACGAGAAGCUCAUCGAAAUCGAAGAGAUGCAGGCCAAGAUCAUGGACGCGGAGAACGCGCUUCGCGAGAAGGUGAAACACGUGGCCGAGCUCGAGGCAGCGCUUCACGCCAAGGAAGAGAUGGAAAAGCGCGUGACGCAGCAGCAGCAGCCUGCGGACGAAGCCACCCAGCGGACCCAAGCCCCAUCAACCUUUCCCGUCGCAACCCAAACCGCAGCAGCGCGCGUGCCGGACGAGUGCCCGACGUGCCACGAUGAACCGUUUGGUUUUAUGGUGCGCUGCCAGCAGUGCAAGCAGCAGUUCCACGCCGGGUGCGUUCGCUCCAAACGCCAAAAGACGUCGCGUGCCGGCGUCUACGUCUUUGUGUGCGACGCGUGCGCGCCAAGUGCGUCCGGACCGGCAACUACCACGUCAGCAUAA